AUGUUAGAUGCCGUCAACCAAUACAGUUCAUCAACAACACAAUCAACAGCAGCAGCAUUCAACAUUAACAGCUUAACCGACUUUCCCGCCUUAACACCAACGGCCCAACAACUACUUAAUCAUCCAUCCAACGACUUUAUCGAUGCAUUAGUUAAUAUUCUCUCCAAUAAAAUGGAGAAAAUUAUUGAAGCCGCAACUAGUCGCAUAUUCAAAUCACUUGAACAACGAUUAAGUAAAAUAGAGAAGACCAUCGCAGCAGUCGACAACAUGAUAGAUGACGAUGCAUCCAUGGAAUCAUCAAAUGACUCAAGCCUCGACAACGAUAAUGAAAUUCAAGUCAUCAACACCAAACAAGAUAGUCAACAAGGUUCAGCCCAAACAAACACCACAGCUACACAGCAACAAUUGACAUCAAAGGGUGUUAUGUCCAAACCACCAAAUAAGAAAAAAGCAACAUCGAAAGCAGUCAAAAGAAAUAGAUCACCCAACAGCUCAUUAGAUGCAACAACAACAAACAGUUAA